CAUUUUUCACUCCUUUUAUCAUCAAAAACAACAACAAAAAAGACUGAAGAGGAGGAGGCCAAGAGGAGCGGAGAGGGUAACUGAGAAGAAUCACAAGAUUUCAUUCAUUUUUCAGUUCUUGAUUUAUAAAAAUUCAAUCAAAGAAAGAUGUGGAGAAGAGCAUGUUCUUUACCAAAACCAUGGAGAUCUGCCAUGAAUCAGAAUCAUCGAGCAGCCGUUAAUUCAAUCUCUUCGACUACUACGAAUACCUGUUCUUCACCGUUCAGGAGGACUUCUUAUCUUUUCUCUACUCAAGCCGAUUCAGUAUCAAAGGUGGGGAAAACUGUGGAAGAUAUAAUGCCAAUCGCAACUGGUCAUGAACGAGAAGAGAUUGAAGCUGAUCUUAAGGGAAUAGAUUUGUAUGCAAUGGAUCAUCCUGAAGGUCCUUUUGGUACCAAGGAUGCGCCUGCUAUUAUACAAUCAACCUUUGACAAAAGAAUUGUUGGAUGCCCUGGUGGUGAAGGCGAGGAAGAACACGAUGUUGUAUGGUUUUGGCUGGAGAAAGACAGGCCACAUGAAUGUCCUGUUUGUACUCAAUAUUUCAAGCUGGAAGUAGUUGGCCCUGGCGGAUCUCCUGAUGGUGGGCAUGAUGAUCACCACUGAAGCUUGCUUUUUCAACCAUGUUCCAGUAACGGCUUUGUUUUUGUUGUUUGGUCGUCCGUUCUACAUUUCUGUUUACUUGGCGAACUUGGUUUCUGAGAACAACAGAAACUACCAGACAUGCUUUCCAACGGCAGUAGUUUAAUUUUCCCUUAUUUUUACUGCUUACUUUUCCCUUAUUUUGUUUAAUUUUGGCUGAUUCUACAGCAUCAACAUUUAUACUAAUAAGAUUGUUAUAAAUUUUGCUCAAAAUAAUCAAGAUGCUGAGGGUUGAAUUCA